UUUUAGCCCACAAGAAACUUUUCCGGUCGAGGGCGUAGGAGGUCGGUCCUUUUAAAAAGUGGCGAACCGGGACUAGGAUUUAGGAGGAAAUACAUGACAUGGGGUAAUUAGAAGUGAGUUAAGUAAUGAAUGGAAGGCUUUCCAGAAUUGUGUAGUAUAUACCAAAAUGAGCGUUAGAAGAAAAGCAAGUGAUGGAGCGUUUCAAGUAAGGAAUCUAAGGCAGCAAGCAAGCAGGUGCAUGCAUGUUAAUAUUGCACUUUACACUUGGCAAAAACGCUGCUAUAAACAUCAUACAUCGCUGUAUGAGUAUUUACUUUCACAAAAGUAGCCAAAUGCACUAAACUCACAAGUUGAGACGCGUCACGCAACUAUCAACUUUCCCUUGAUGCUAUACAACCUGAUCAGGUGUUAAGUGUUUGAUAAUAUUCCCCAACCAGUUUUGAGAAACCCACAAUACAUGCCAAUCUUCUGCUGCGGUGUUGAAUGUGUGGUGGCAUUCGGUUUUCUCAGGUGGGCAUGGAAGCGUUGCACGUACAUUGGCGCUUACGAUAGCGCCACCUGGCCAGAAGCUACUGCUGCUGAAUUCUCCCCGGUGCCUCGCCUUUGCCGCAUUAUACUUGCUAUAUACGAAGAAGAUCUUGGAAGCCCGAGGUAUCGGCCUGCAGAUUGGUAUGGAAUGAACCUCGAAUGGGUGAUCAAGCGUGUUACUUAUCAGCAGACAAUGGGGAGGUCACCGCCUUAUUUGAUAUACAUUGAUCACAUUAAUCGGGAGAUUGUACUUGCGAUUAGAGGGCUUAAUUUAGUUAAUCAAGACGAUUACAAGCUUUUGCUUGAUAAUAGACUUGGAAUGCAGAAGUUUGAUGGUGGGUAUGUUCAUCAUGGUUUGUUAAAGUCGGCUAUCUGGUUGUUAAGAAGAGAGUCUGAGACUUUGAAGAAUUUGUGGGUUGAAAAUGGAUCGUGUUAUAAAAUGGUGUUUACGGGGCAUUCGUUGGGGUCUGGUGUGGCAGCAUUGUUGACUGUCAUUGCUGUUAAUCAUGGUGCUUGUCUAGGAGGAGUGCCUAGGAGUAAGAUCAGCUGUUAUGCUAUGGCUCCUGCUAGGUGUAUGUCUUUAAAUUUGGCUGUCAAGUACGCUGAUGUUAUAAACUCAGUGGUUUUGCAGGAUGAUUUCCUUCCUCGAACAGCCACCCCGCUGGAAGAUAUAUUUAAAUCAGUCUUCUGCUUGCCUUGCUUACUAUUUCUACUGUGCUUGAGGGAUACCUUCAUACCUGAACGUAGGAAGCUCGGAGAUCCUAGACGACUGUAUGCACCAGGACGAAUGUAUCAUAUUGUAGAUCGAAAAUUUUGCAGAUGUGGAAGAUAUCCUCCAGAGGUCAGAACAGCAAUCCCUGUUGAAGAAAGAUUCGAACAUAUUGUUUUAUCAUGCAGCACUACAUCUGAUCAUGCAAUAUUUUGGAUAGAACGAGAAGCAGAAACAGCACUAGAAGUAUGUGGGAAGGAUCAUUUACAUGCAAUGGAUAUCUUUCUCUCAGUUAAAUACUUUAUGAUACUGAAGGAGAACAAUUCUGGGACUCUGACUACUGCCCCAGAAGUACAAAGAAUAGAGAGAUUGUACUCCCUGGAAAAAGAACACAAGGAUGCUCUGGAGAGAGCUGUUAGUUUGGACAUACCUCAUGUUGUAAGUGACCCGCAAAAGAAGACCUUAAAGGAGGAAGAAGAAGAAGAAGAAAAAGAAGAGGGAUUUUCAUCAGGGGACAAAGAAGGAGGAUUUCAGAAUGAAAGCAAAGACGCCCAAAGACCGAGUUCAAGCUCUGUUGGAGAAAGAAUCGAUUGGAAUGAUGUUGUGCAUAUGCUCUUUGACAAGAAUGAGUGCGGCAAACUGCAAUUGAAGAGAGAUGUAGCUGCAGCUUCCAAAUGAGCCCUUAGAGCAUAUAAUGUUGGACUUCAACUGUUAAAGAGCACCUUCUUUUUAGAAGUAAUGAAGCAUAGGAAGCUGGAAGAGAUGUUGUCAUUCGACAAAGUUUUACUUCUAUCAGUUCUAAAAGUUUACCCCUCUUUUUUUAAAUGUCGCGUAGCUAUCCGGUGUUUUGUUUUCUUUGGAUUUUAUAGUUGAGAAAAAUUGGAGGACAUCCGAAUUUAAAAGCAUACCUUGCAAUGAGGAAAUGCUGAUAGCUGCAAUUCCUGUUAUCAACUCUUGUUCAAGUUUGCAUGGCUUCUGGCGUAGUGACUGGCUGACUGCUGACCUUAAUACAUACCCCACGUGAGAAUUAUUAACUUUAACUUCUACAUAUUACCUCACAAAAGAAAUACUCUCGAAAGACAAGUAUGCUGUUGUCUCUGAAAUGAUAAACAAAACAUCCGGCUUUCAGUGGGACGAUCAACAAAAAUGAUACAAUGUGAGAAACAAGCUUAUGAUGAGUUUUGCAAGAAUCAUCCUAAAGCUGGAGGACUAUGGAGGACUCCAUUCCUUAUCUUGACAAGCUAGAUAUUGUAUUUGGUAUUAACAGAGCAAAUGGAAUUGCUUCUGAGUUGCCGGAAGACUCCGUUAACAAUCUUGAGAACAUCGUUAACCUUGCAAAUGGCAAAUGACGAAAGUGAUGAUGAUAGUCUACCACAACCUCCGGUUGCUAAGAAAAUAAAGAAAGAAAAAACUUCCAAAGGAUCGGAGAAGAAAAAAUCUGUUCAAAUUAUGGAUUUAACUUCUAACCAUAUGGCUAAUGAAUUCACUGGAUUUAUGAAAGGUAUGAGCAAUCACCUAACAACCAUUGCAAAUGCCAUGAGUUCUACAGAGAAUCGUGAAUUAGAGGUUGAUAAACAAAAGAAAAAAAUUACUUCCCGAGAUAGCUAGCUUGCUGGGUAUCACCAAACCACAAGCAACUAGAGCUUCUUUUUUGUUUUCCUCGAAUCUUAACCAUAUGGAAGUUUUCUUUCCGAGCCCUGAUGAUGACUGGAAGAAAGAAGGGGUGCUUGAUAUACUGUAUUUUAAUGAUGCAACACGUCGUGAUGUGCCAUGAGAUCAUAUGAUCAUUAGUACUUUUAUUUAAAUUUCAUGAACUGCUUAAGUUUAGGAUUUGCAUUUUGAGUUAGGAUUGAGUUUUUAUCUUAAUAUCUUGAAUGAUAAUUGUAGAGAUAAUACAUUGGUUUUUGGGUUUUUUCUGAUUUAGGAUGGACGCAAAUUUGGA